AUGGAAUCGAAAGAACAAAGAAUUGGCAAUUAUAUCCUUGGGCAAACACUCGGAUGCGGCACAACAGGCAAGGUUAAGCUUGCACAAAGCGUUUUAGAUAAUCAAAAAUAUGCAGUUAAAAUAAUUAAAAGAGAAUUUCUUGAUACAAAACCAGAAAUGUCAAAAAAGAUUCACAGAGAAAUUGCUCUUAUGUCUUUUCUUGAUCAUCCUCACCUCCUUAAACUCGUGGAGUUUUUUGAGAGUCCUCGUCAUCUUUAUAUCGUCAUGGAGUACGCUCCAAAUGGCGAGCUCUUCGAUUAUCUUAUUACACGCAGAACAUGUGCUCCUGAUCGCGCUUUGAGAUUUUUCCGCCAAAUUAUUUAUGGUCUCGAAUACUUACAUUCACAUGGAUUUUGCCAUCGUGAUCUAAAACCCGAAAACAUAUUACUUGAUGGAGCAAAUCAGCUUAAGAUCGGUGAUUUCGGCUUCGCUCGCUGGAUGAGAUCAAACGUCGCGGAAACAUCUUGCGGAUCCCCUCAUUAUGCCUCACCAGAAGUCAUUCGUGGCAUCAAGUACGAUGGCCGAUGCGCCGAUAUAUGGAGUAGUGGCGUUAUUUUGUAUACUCUUCUAAGUGGCAGUCUCCCAUUUGAUGAUUCUUCUAUUCGCAACUUGCUCGCCAAGGUUAAGGCAGGUGAUUUCUAUAUGCCAAAUUUCGAUAAACCAAUUCAAGAUCUUAUUUCACGUAUCCUUACAGUUGACCCAUCUCAGAGAAUAACAAUACCUCAAAUAAAACAGCAUCCAGCCUUCAGAAUGUACGUUCCAGAAUCAUACGUUUUUCCAGUUCCAAUCCCUCUUCCUUAUAUUCCAGCUCCAAUCGAUAUUUCAACAGUUGAUGAGAGUAUUUAUCGCGUAUUACUUAACCUCGGCUAUUCUUCAAUAGACGAUAUCAAGACAGAUCUCACAGCAAACUCUCAUAAUAUGGCAAAAGUAUUUUACACAAAACUAAUGAACUGCGUUUCACUCAGAACAUUACCAUGGGUCGAUCUACAUAAUUCCAAUCUUGGAAAAAUUGUCGAUCCAGAAUGUUUCAUCAUUCAGCCACAGGAAACAAGUUUCCCAUUAGAUGCGGCCCAUACAAACGAUCCAUACAAGAGGCAUCAACACAUUUGCGUGGCAUCUUCUUCUCCAGAUUUGUUCAGUUUAGUUGAUCGAACAAUCUUCGUUCCAAUUGAAGAAGUUUCACACUUAACAGAAUCUCCUGCUGAAGAACAAGAGUUUACGCUUGAAAUUCCUUUGGAAUCUUUCAUGGAUGUCGCUCAAAAAGUUUUACGAAUGUAUGGUUAUGACUUUUUCCAUCCGAACGACGUACAUUUGAUAGGAAGAAAAGACCAUCCUGAAGUAUAUAUCUUAUUCGACGCUUUAUGUUUCUCUGAGAACCAGAUUGACGUUAAAUUGUCACGCUAUAUGGGUGACGAGUCGGAAUUUGAGUCAAUAAUUAGUGCAUUGACAUCAGAUCUCCAAGAUUUGUUAGGUGAAGCUGCAAGCUUUUAA